AUGAGCGGCCGUGGGGGAGGUGGAGGAGGGUGGCGAGGGGCAGCNGGGGGAGGUGGAGGAGGGGGGCGAGGGGCAGCAGCGCCAGGUCGUGGAGCAGGAGGAGGUGGGGCUGGAGGAGCCGCCGGUGGAAUAGCCGGCGAUAAUGAUACUUCAACAUCCAGUGCGCAGGAACGCUUCUUUCAAGAAGUGAAGGACAAAAUCGACCGGAGAUUCACCCACGAAGGAGGUGGUGUGAAAGGCCGGUUCCCGUUUGACAACCCGCUCGUGAGUCCGAAGUGUGCCACUUUUCAGCCAUCACCAGGCGGAAAAGGUAAGACGAGCUUCAACGCGUGGGAUGCUGGGUGCCUCCGGCGUCUCCCGGAGUACAUAUCCAAGGAGUUCCCUUUCCUUCUCACCAAGCGAUCGGGCAUUGAGAUUUGCAUGGUGGACCGGCUUGCAGAUGAUUUGGUGCAUGGGAAGGGCUUCUCCGCUGCUGCCAAGAACAUUUGUCAGGUGAAUAUGCAGUGCGCAUACGACCAAGUUCAUGGUGGACCAGCUGAAGUACACCUACUGGUCAACACCCGGCGGACCAGCUCCGGCAUCUUCCGCUCGGCCAACCUCGCCAAAACUCCGGAGAGGUUCGGCAGCUUUGAUGACUCGACAAAGUACGGCGGUGCGGUCCCGUCGGAGCACUAUUUGCGGGACGUG